UGUUGUUGCAGUUAUAGUUGUUUUUGUUGUGCCUGAUCGACCAAUCGUAUUAAGCUGCAUAAUCGCUUUCCAAUUACGUUCGAAAUGAUCAACGGGUUUUCGCGCAUUUCUUUUUGCAGAAAGCAGUUUAUGUUUCUUUCGCAUGGAUGCCAGCAUUUUGGUAGCUAAUUGAGUGCGUCUAAUGAGGAAAUCGAAACGCACUUUAAGCGCAUUACAACAGCUGGCGGUUUCACGGCUCACUGCGGGCGUGUGAGUCCCCGUCGGGAAGGCACCCACUAGCAUAGAUUGUUUGCGAUGGAGCAACUUGCUUGAACUGACCCAUGGAGUAGCCGAAUUAAUGAAGCUCUCACCAUUUGCGGGCCACAGCUAAUAGCAACAAUCAAAAUCAAUCAGAAAGAAAGCAAAAACCAAAUCAUUUUACAAAUAAAUUGAAUAAGUAGUUCAAGAUGAGUGUGAUUAUUCGUUUGCAAAACUUGCCGUGGACGGCAAAUGCGCGCGACAUACGCAAUUUCUUCACGGGCCUCUCGAUUCCGGAGGGUGGUGUUCACAUUAUUGGCGGAGAAAUGGGCGACGCAUUCAUCGCUUUCAGUACGGACGAGGAUGCCCGCUGCGCCAUGCUAAAGGAUCGCGAAAAGUUAAUGGAGGUACAGGUGCGAUUGUUGCUCUCAUCUCGAGCCGAAAUGCAAAAGGUUAUUGAGACGGCGCGUAAGAAGGCUAGUGUGCCGACUCCCAUAACUGUGGCUGCCGCCGCUCCUGCGGCUCUACCACAGGCCCCACAGCCGCCGGUCAUCGGUGGCUUGAAUAGUUUUCUGCCGCAGAACAGCAAACAGGCGCCCCAGCCCUCAUAUUUGGCCGCCUAUCAGCAGCAGGCCGGUGUAAAGCUAUCGGAUGUCAUCAUUGUUGGUUCCAAGUCACCUGAACGUGGACGGCACGGCCGCAGUGGCCGUCAACGCGGUCGCAGCCGUAGCCGCAGUCUCAGUCGCAGCCGCUCCUCCAGCUCUGAUGACAGCUUCGAUAGUAGGGACCGCGAGCGCGCACGUAAGCGUCGCUCCGAUCGUGCCGAUAGCAGAGAACGGGUGGCAAAGUCGCAGUCCAAUAUAAUGCCCUGGGCUCUGGGUAGCACUCCGACUACAGUAACGACCGGUGUGGAUCCGCUGGCGGCGCUGAAAAUGACAACUGCGGGGGGUGGUGUUGGUUUGCAGGGACUCUCGCCACUCCAGCCGGUGGUGUUGCCAAGCUAUACUACCAACACCACCACCAACAAUUACAAUCUAAGUGUGGGCAGCAAUGCUGGCGCCACCCUGCCACUUCCCAUGCUGGCGGCACUGAAGGCAGUGGCUACCGGUGGUGUCAGUAGCGGCGAUGCCAUUACAGCUCAAGUCCCUGGUGUCGGCCUAAAGCCGGCCGCGAGCCUCUACCCAACAUUAUCGGAGCCACAGAAGUCAGGAGCGGUGGCUGCCACGGCCCCCGCAGUCAGCACUCAAGAGCCAAUUGCCUUUGCCAAUGUGAAUCCAUAUGCCCAGAUGUAUCCGCAGCUGUUCCAACAGCAGCAACUGCUGCUCCAACAACAGUCCUCGCCCAAGGCAUCAGCUAGUGUGCCUGCUUCUCAGACCAAUUGUCCCACCGCCGAGACCUGUUAUGUGAAGAUCAGUGGCAUGUGUCCAAGCACUACAUACAGCGAUUUGCGCAAAUACUUUGCUGGCCUCUAUAUACCACACAACGGGAUUCGCUUUUGCAACCCGAAUGGAGCACGCUCGGGCGUCGCCUACAUAGAGUUUUCGAGGGUUUCGAGUGCCCAGAAGGCGUUGGCUCGCAAUAAUACCAUGUUCCGGGAUCGCCAGGUCCAAAUAGUGCCCGUCAGUGAUGAUGAAUUCGAGCAGGCAGAGUCGCGCAGCAAUAGUGGUGGUGCUGGCCAUAUUAGCAGCGGUGGUGAAGGCAGCCAUAAUAGAUCUCCUAUCGCCGACACGCCUAGCAAUGUACUCUAUGUGGAGGAUUUGCCACAGCUUACCACCGAGCAGGACAUCAUGAAAAUGUUCUCAGCCACAUACAGCAUUGUGGACAUCCUGCUGGCGCCUAGUCCCAACAAUCGACGCGAAUUUGUCGCUUUUGUGCUGUUCGCGCGUGAAAAUGAGGCGCGCUCUGCGCUAGAGGACACCGGAUGUCAUUAUAUUGGAUUCCGGCGAUUGCGUGUACGCGCCAGCUCCUCCACCGAAAUGCAGAGUGCCAAGGAGAAGCUGCGACGUGCCAAUGAGCAGUUGCUCAAGGAGGAACAGCUCAUGGAGGAGAAGGCCAAUGAGUUGUUGGCUCAGGCCAACAAUAGCUCGGAUGCCGUCUCCUCCAUCAAUGGAAUCUCAACAGGAGCCAAAUAUAAUGCAGAUCCUCGUCGACGUGCCGACAGACAACGGGAUCGGGAAUCGAAUGAAUCCAAAGCGUCAAUGCAGUCAAAUGCUCCUCCAGCUGUCAUGCCAAUGAACUCAGUUCCACCAUUUGUCAAUAAUAAUCUCCAAAAUGGUGGCAUGCCUCCUUUCGGCAUGAAUUCCCCCACGGGAAUUGGCAAUCAUGACCCCUUUGCCGUGAAUUUCAAUCACAAUAACCACAAUCAAGGACCCAGCAAUGGACCAUUCCAAAACAACAACAACAACAAUGGGCCAUUCCAAAGCAACAACAACAAUGGUCCAUUCCACAACAAUUACAACAACAACAAUGGUUCAAUGGACAACAAUGGACAGCUCCGUCGACGCGGCGAUGAGGACCACUUUGUUCGCGUCCACAAUUGUGAGUAUGGCACUCGCAUCAACGAUCUGGGUGAGUUCUUUAUGACUGAAAAUUUAAACAUCGUGCACAUUGAAAUGCUCUACAAUGAGCGCAACAUGCCGGCCGGUGAGUUCCUGGUGGAGUUCGCGGACAGCCAAAAUGCGAAGACAGCUAUUCGUGAGUUCCACAAUCGACGCUUUCGCGGACGCGGCCUCCGGGUCGUUCACAUAACACCACAGGAGAUUGCUGAUCGGCUGCGCAAACCGUUCAUGGACUAUGUGCCGGGUGGCAAUGGCCCCAGACAGAGCGAUAUCCCCUCCUCCACACAACAACAGCCACAGCAGCAACAACAAGAAAAGCAGCCGCAACAGAGCCGCCGUCGCGGUCCCAGUCGCUUCGAUGAUGCCAGCAAUCGCUCAAAUAAUAAUGAAGACAACGACAAUGCCAAGCAACCUCCACAGAAUCCCUUCAAUCCCUUCGCAAAGCGUCCAGUGGAGGAUGCUCCCGCGCUAGGUACUGCGGAUAUCAUCGUUCCAGCGGCCUUAUGUGGUGGUGGUGGUGGUGCUGCUGCUGCUGUUUCGAGUCCUCCCCUUGAUGAUGGUAUACCCGAUAAAUUUGAUCGUCCUGGCUGCGUGGUCGCCAUGCGUAAUGUGCCUUUCAAGGCCGACCUGAAGGACAUUUUGCGCUUCUUCAGCGACUACAAGCUCAGUCCCCACGAUAUUAUACGUCGCUUCAAUGAUGAGGGCAAACCAACUGGAGAUGCCCGCGUCGCUUUCGAGUCACCAGCCGAGGCGAGAUCAGCAUUUGAAUCCCGACGCCGUCGACAAAUAUUCAAUCGUAAUGUAUAUCUGGAGAUCAUUUAAGAUCUUUUUACCUCUCUAUAGACUCUAAAUAUUUUAAGUUACGCUACAAUUGUAAAUAUACAUAUAUACACACACCUCUCACAGAGGUCCACACUCGAUAGAUGAGUUGAAAGUUUGACGACAAGGCUCUGAGUACUGUCGCUAUAUAUCCAAAGCUUAAAAAUAUCAGACCCACAUUUAAUUAAUACAAAAAAUUCCCUAUUUUCAAGCGAUGAAAUAGGGAAUCCACACCUGUUAAUAGUUAAGCUAAGAAUUGGUUUAAUUUAAAAUAUGUUGGACUUUUAUGGUACUCCUCUUAGUAGAGAUGUUAACAAUUGUAUGUACAAGAAUAAUUCCAACAGAUAAAGAUCCACCUAAGAAUAUAUAAAUACUAUAUGAUUAUCUUAUGCUAAAAAUAAUCUAGAAUUUCCUUAAUUUUAUUUAUAAGUCUUUUUAAAAUUGCAAACCACUCUGUUUAGCCGUACAUUG